UUCAGGUUGCGGGCAGCAUCAGUAGCAUCAGUAGCACCACUAACAUAUCCAGAAUCACCAUGAAGCUGUACGUUUGCGUUUCGCUGGCCCUUUUGGCCAUUGCAGCCCCAGUUCCCUCGGACGCCCUGUUGGGCGCCAAGUUGGCCCUGCUGAAGGCCAUUGGUGGUGGUCUGGGUGGCGGCAGCUCCACCGGCAGUGGUGGUGGCUACGGAGGCAGCGGCUAUGGCAGCGGUGGAUACUCUGGAGGCUACAAUCAGGGAUACUACAGCCAGCCCAGCCGCCCGGUCUACAGUUCCGGAUACGGCAGCUCCUCCUCAUCGUCCUCCGCCGCGAGCAGCGGAUAUGGCGGUGGUUACAGCGGUGGCUAUGGAGGUGGUUAUGGAGGUGGUUAUGGCGGUGGCGAGCAGGUCAUCAAGGUCAUCAAGGUGGUGGAGCAGCCCUCUUACGAUUAUGGACGUUCGGCCGGCUAUGGUGGCAACUAUGGAGGAUACUCGUCUAGCGCAUCUUCAAGUGCUUCUUCCAGUGCCAGUUCCAGCUCCUACUCCGCUCCUGCUCCCGCUGUGACUUACUCCGCUCCUGCUCCAGCUGUGACUUACUCCGCUCCUGCUCCCGCUGUGACUUACUCCGCUCCUGCUCCCGCAGUGACCUACUCCGCUCCUGCUCCUGUGGUGCGUGUUCAGGCUGCUCCUGCAGUGACCUACUCCGCCCCAGCUCCCGCUGUGACCUACUCCGCUCCUGCUCCUUCGGUGACCUACUCCGCUCCUGCUCCCGCAGUGACCUACUCCGCUCCUGCUCCCGUGGUGCGCGUCCAGGCUGCUCCUGCAGUGAGCUACUCAGCCCCAGCUCCCGCUGUGACCUACUCCGCCCCAGCUCCCGCUGUGACCUACUCCGCUCCAGCUCCGGCUCCAGUGGUGCGUUACGCGGCCCCAGCACCGGCGCCCAUCAGCUAUGCACCCGCUCCUGUUUCCUACGCCCCUCAGCCACAGAGCCAGCAGGUGGUGAAGACCAUCAAGCUGAUUGUGGAUGAGGAUCGUGCUCCAGCCCAGGUGUACGGCCCACCCGCCGUGGACUCCAGCUACUCCAGCGCCUCCUCCUCCGCUUCCGCUUCCGCCGGAGGCUACAGUGGUGGCUACAACGGUGGCUACAAUGGUGGUUACAAUGGUGGUUACAACGGUGGCUACAAUGGUGGCUAUAACGGUGGCUACAAUGGUGGUUCCUCUGGCGGUUUCGGUGGCGGCUGGAAGAGUGGCGGCAUCCUCGAGAAGCUGGUCGGCUGCUAGGCCCUGGAAACUUGAAGCCAAUGGCUUUCAGGGUUUCAAAAAUCCAAAUCCUAACCUAACCGUACUCAACUAUUUUUUUUCUAGUUCUAAAACGAAUAAUUGUAUUUUUUUGUUCGAUCGAUGUGUACAUAAAAUAAAUCAAUA